CCGGGUUCUUGGCCCGUGAGAACGGUCGUCCGGGGUUUCCUGGGGAGCACGACGCCAUCUUUCCUGGAUGUCCAGCCAGGGAACCAACUCAGACACUCGGAGGGGACGCGCUGCUGAUGCAGAAGCCUGGGGAAUGAACCGACCUUGUCCUUCCAUCGUGCCGUGUUACCCUAUCCAGCGCCCGCUUGCUCCGACAGGCCGCUCAAUCAGCAGCUCGUUCGCAGCCUGCACGUGCCCUCUUGCCUCUGUGUGACGUCGAGCGCCUUGCGACAUGGGAGAGAGCGGGUAGGUACCACAGAGCUACGACAUCAUUCUGAACGCGCUGCGUAGCUGUUAUGCAUGCAAGCACGGCUCGGCGAGACACACCUGGGGUUAUACGUGGAGGCCGAUUGGCUAGACUCGCACUCGUACACCUU